CAUAUAUGCACCUUUUGUCACUUUGCACAACUUGUUGUGGACUAUCAGUGCCAGUUUCAGAGUCAGCUCAAGUGUUUUUGUCCGUUUCCAGAUGUACUGGCCCUUUAAGAAGCGCCACUGCUGCACUUCGCUUCUUUUUUCCACCAGUCAGUGUGUGUUUCACUAUGGCGAAUGGAUAAACAAACAGAGCGGUGUGGGUCGGAGAGCAGCAGUCACGGGGAACAGUCUCCCAGCCGUUAGUGACUAAGAGCCGCUAGUAACAGUCCGGUGACUGGUGACGGGUUAGUGCAGGGUGUGCUCUCGCUACUCGGAUGCUGUCAGAGCGAACAGCGAUGAAAAGAGCGAAAAUAGUUUGUCAAUCCUCAGUGAACAGCUCGGUUGUAGCGGCAGCAGCAGCCGGUGGUACGAGCUCACCGUUACCGGACUCCUACCGAACCGUUUCUCUUCUCUUUCUGACGGUCGGUCUGGAGCCACAACGCAGAUACCGCUAGCUCCUAAUAUUACACAUUUUAACAUUUCUUCAUUCAGUCGCUCGUAUUUUUCUACCUAAGUUGAGUUGAGCUGCCGUGAAAAAUGUUGACAGGAUCUAAAACCACGUUCAAAGUGAGACAGAUGCUCCCAGACAUCAAGGAGAGGAUGCUGAGUCAGAGCGGGGUCAAUGCAAGGAGUCGAGAUGUGUUCGGGCUCCGCUGCCUGCCAGGCGAGUGUGUACUUCAGAGAGCUGUUAUGGUGAGGAAGAAGCUGACUGCCAGGGAAGGAAGAGGUUGGGUGUCUGGGACCCUCUUCUGUACCCACUUCAGAGUCGCCUUUCUUCCCCAGGACAGUCCCAAAGCUGACGACAAUGCAGAUCCAGUACUUUUAGGAGAUCAUGAUGUGGCCUUGGCUUCCAUAGAGAAGGUGGUGGUUGUGGGCCCAAACAGGACCAAACUGGUGACCCCAAACUCCUCGCUGAAGUUCACUCCAGAGGAGCUGGUGCUUUACUGCAGGGACCUGCGAGUCAUCUGCUUCCUGUUCGACCGCCUCACUCCUGAUGCACAAGUCUUAGAGAUAACCUACACCAUCGCCAAGACCUACCAGCCUCCUAAGCCAGGGUCAGUUUUAUCAUUCCAGAACGCUGCCCUCGGGAGUGUAGAAAUGAAGCAGUUUCUAAGCAACCGUCGCCGAAACACCCACAUGAACUGGUUUGAGUGUGCAGCUGACUGGGAGCAGGAGCUGGAGCGAUGUGGGGCCACGGGCUGGAGAGUGAGCUCCGUCAACGACCGAUUCGAGAUGUCCACCAGCCUGCCGAGGUCCAUCGUGGUUCCACAGAAAGUUUUAGACACGGAGCUGAAGAAAAGCUUCGCCCACUUCAAUGAAGGCCGCAUCCCACGCUGGUGUUGGCGGCACCCUCGAGGCAGCGAUCUGCUGCGGAUGGCCAGCUUCCAGAACAACAUCUACCACGAGAAGGACGACAUCAGGAACCUGGAGAUGAUUCUGUUCGGCUGCCAGUCCUCCCUGUGUGUGGUGGUGGAGCUGGACGAGGAGCUGCCCUCACCUGCAGACGUCCAGCUGGCACACAGCCGUCUACGAGCCCUCUGUCUGGGAGACAUCUCCACGUCUGUGUCAGUGCCUGAUGACAAAUGGUUAUCUACCCUGGAAAGCACCCGCUGGCUAGACUACACCAGGGCCUGUCUGAGGAAAGCUUCAGAGGUCGCCUGCCUGCUCCGUGGCGGUCACCUGACUGUGGCACUGCAAGAGGCAGACGACCGGGACAUGAGCUGCGUGGUGUCCAGCCUCGUGCAGGUGAUGUGUGACCCCCACUGUCGGACCCAGCAUGGUUUCCAGGGCUUGGUCCAGAAGGAGUGGGUGACGGCCGGCCACCGCUUCUACACCCGCAUCAACUAUCACCGCGACAACGACAAGGAGGAGGCUCCAGUCUUCCUGCUCUUCCUGGACUGUGUCUGGCAGCUCUUGUCCCAGUAUCCCUCUCGCUUCCAGCUGACAGAUGACUUCCUGUUGGCCUUACACGACAGCAUCCACCUGCCACUCUUCUCCAGCUUCCUGGCCAACUGCCAGCGGGAGAGAUGCAAACGCUCCCAGAACCUGGGGCAGUCCUACACGCCGGUCAACGGCUGGAGAGACAUGCUUCAUCAGGAUUCUUCCUCAGACCCUUCAGACCCUCCUCUGCCCUCGGUGUGGGACUGGUCCCUACAGUACAGCAAGCACAGACGAGACCACUUCACCCAGCCCGUCCCCCCCACCCCUCCUCUGCAGCCACUGCUCAACGGCAACCUCAACACCAACCCCGACACACACAGGCUGACGGACACCAUCCCCGGCUCAGUGUUCCUUCUCUCUCGGGGCUCCUUCUCCUGCCCCUCCAACCUGCUGCCCUGGCGCAGCGGCAGUUCAGGGGUUUACAAGAAGAGCCACCGGAGGGCGCCGUCCUCUGAGAACGUGCCAGGCCUGGAGAGGCUGCUGAAGGCCUGGGCCCUGGCCGAGCUCCCCCACGGCCUCUCUGCCACCUCCGGACCUCAGGGACCACUGGACCCCUAUGAGCCCCUGCUGCCCCUCCUCAUGGGGCCCUGCAUGGGCCUGUGGAGGGAGUGCUACCUCCGGGGGGCUCUCCAUGCACAGGCGUUCUCACAUCCCAUCUCUGCCAACCACCCCCACCCUGUGGAGCGGCUGGCCCGGGAGGUGCAGCAGCUCAAAGACAAGCUGGCACAAGUGUCCAGCGGGGCGAAUCCCAACCCGCCCAGCAAGACGAGCGAGCCCCGGAGGGCCGACACCAACCUGAACCAAAACACCAACAACGGCACCUUCCUCUUCCCGGCGUCCAAGCCUCAGGGCGCUGCUAUGCCCAGAGCGCCGCCCCCUGCUACCUCCACCAACCACCUGACCUCCAGGGGCCCCCCGCCCGCCAUCGCUCCACCGUCCAGGCCCGGCCACAAAGACAAUGGCGGCAGCAACAAGCACACCUUCCUUUUCGGCCACUCUUCGGUAGCAGAGGCCCGCUCCGACCAGCGCUACUACCCAGCACCCAGUAACGCCAAGCUGCCCAAGAGCAACGGCUCCUCCAUCGCUUCCUGAGGUCUCCUCCUCAUCUUAACAGCGUCCUUUAGGAUUCACACCCCAUCACUGGGUACUAUAACCAAAUCACCUUCUGCUAAAAAUUAAACUGACUCAUCAAACCGCAUUUGAUUUGACUACAAGGUGAUAGAAAAUAUUUGACAGUGAACUGCAGCAGUAUGAAAUAAUCAGCGCAAGAGCUCUUGACUCUGCUGCUCAUCCUCUGUACUGUAUGUUUAAAAAGAAAUGUGACAACUGUUUUGUAUAUUUGUAAAGAAAAUCUUAACUAUUCCACCACUGAAAUCUAUCUAAGACAAAAAGAAAAAGGGCUGCCGAACUUAACAAGCACAUCUUUCAGGGUCUUAAAACGCAGCAGAAACUGUCAUGUAGACAUCAUGUCGCCCUUUAAGAAACACACAAAGCUCCUAGUUUCCUUUUUUAGCUUCUUAUCCAGAGCGGGGCAGAGAUAGUGGUGUGAUAAGGCGCCACUCUGACAGUGAACAGACACACUGGAUCCAACCUGUGUGACGACAUGUCUCCAGAAGAAUUUUUCUUUCUUUUUUUUACAACUUAAAUCUUCAUGCUAAUGUGCAGACUUUAAUUUCCGUGUUUUUGCAUCUCAGCUACAAAUAGGAAAAUAGUUAGUUGUUUUGACAAUGAUCAUUUUUUGAAAACCGUCAUUUUUGAACUGCAGCCGAUGUGACCGGUGACUUUAAAGUGGAAAUUAGGGCACGAGAGCUAUUUUGGUACUGCUCUCAUAUCUCUACUUGCAUGCUUCAGAGCAGCGAGAGGCCGAUAUCCACUUUAGUGCUGUAUUAGCCUGGAUGUGGCUAAAGUCACUGCACAUUAUUGCAGUUUAACUGAGCUCCUGCACGACAUCAUGACAUGAUUUAAGGGCUUUAGUUAUAUAAUCUUAUCUCAACUAUAACUAUACUGAGUAUUUCUGACCAUUAUCGGUCAGUUUUUUGAUGUCAUACGUGUACAUAAGUGUGAUUUCUGACCAAAUUUAGUAUUACUUUUUUUUGGAAUUCCUCCAUUGUUUUGUGGUGGAAUUAAAAGAACAAACAUUAUUCUGCCUUUUGAUUCUUGUACCUUGAGAAGGUACCAGUGUUGGAAGCAAAGGGAAGCUUAUUUCUUUCUGUUUUCUUGUCAUGUUUUUUUCUUUUUUCCAGCCUGGAGGUGUAUUAGUAUGCAGCCAGCAUUUAGGUCAAGGACUUGGAAGUGUCUGACUGUAUUUAAAGCACAGAGGGAAGCAGUCUGUCCUGCGCCUUUAAAUCCCAAACAGGUUGUCGUUCGCAUGAUGUGGGUGUCAAGUAGAUGCACUGGCGUCCUCCCCACGGACGGAUGAGACUGUUAUUCAUUUGAAAAAGCAUGUUUUUCUAAAUAGUUUCCGGCAGGUUGUCAGAUGUGACUGAUGCCGACCUUCUCUCAUGUCGAAAGUUACCUCACUUGAUAGCACUAUGAAUUAUUAAGCUGUUGUAAAUAUUCAUCACAUCAAUAUCAAGGCAGAUUCAUAUCAGCUAUAAUUUCAGACCUUCUGCAGGAGUGAUGUGAUGCCAACGCAUUUGCUUGUCUUCCAUGGAAAAAAAACGUCAUCUUUCUAAAAAAAAUCAUCUGAUUUGAUCUUCUCCUGCUGCAGCUGCCGCUCUGUAUCGUUGUGUAAUUUAAUGUUUUUUUGGUACGAACAUCAAUAAAAAUAUUGCCAGAUGUA